AGAAUUUUCCAAAAGAAAAUCUGAUUCAUGGGUUGGAGGGGGUUUUGAGGGAAAGCCAGAGAGAAAAAUGAAUAAAACGACUUCGUCACAAGGAAGGAGAAGGAAGACGUGGUAGCACUCCAUUUUUCUGGUAUGAGUUAGUUCUGAGUGUGGAAUUAUGUGGAUUUGCAGAACGAGGACGAGUGUGAAUUUGGGUUGCUUAGUGAGAAGAAGGUGGUUGAGCAGUGGCAGUUGGAGUGAGGAGGAAGUGAAGGGGAAGAGGAUCGCAGCGGUGUGGGGGAACGGGGACUAUGGGAGGCUUGGGCUCGGGAGCUUGGACUCUCAGUGGAAGCCUGCCCCUUUGCUUCCCUCAGCCUUUGGCGACCAAUGCCUUGAAGCCAUCGCUUGCGGUGGCGCUCACACUCUCUUCUUAACCCGCACCGGCCGCCUUUAUGCGACUGGUCUCAAUGAUUUUGGACAGCUUGGAGUUCAUGAUGAUAUAGCUUAUACUAAUAAGCCCAUAGAGGUUUCUGGAAUUGACAAGGAAAUUGUUCAAAUUUCAGCUGGGUAUCAUCACUCUUGUGCCAUUACAGCAGAAGGAGAAUUGUACAUGUGGGGGAAGAACUCAAAUGGGCAACUGGGCCUCGGGAAAAGAGCGGCAAAAGUAGUUUCUCUUCCAACCAAAGUUGAAUGCUUGGCUGGAAUCACCAUGAAGAUGGCAGCUUUGGGAUCAGAGCACUCAGUGGCUGUUGCUGAUGGAGGCGAGUCCUUAAGUUGGGGAGGAGGCUCUGGAAGACUUGGUCAUGGCCACGAAUCAGGCAUUCUAGGAAUUUUCAAAAGUACCAGCGAAUAUACACCAAGGCUUAUCAAGAAACUUGAAGGGACCAAGGUUAAAAAAGUUGCUGCUGGAAUGCUGCAUUCAGCAUGCAUUGAUGAAAAUGGAUCCGUAUUCAUAUUUGAUGAAAGAGCUCUAGAUAAAGUGGGGUCUGGACCAAGGAGCAAACUGCCCAGCUCAGAAGAAGUUGCAUGUGGUGGCUAUCACACAUGCGUCUUAACAAGUGGUGGAGACCUGUACAGUUGGGGUUCAAAUGAAAAUGGGUGCCUUGGCGUUGGUACUACAGAUGCUUAUCAUCAGCCAGAAAGAGUUCAGGGUCCUUUUUUGAAAUAUCCUGUUGUCAAGGUUUCUUGUGGUUGGAAGCAUACUGCAGCAAUUUCUGAAGGCAAUAUUUUCACAUGGGGUUGGGGAGGUUCCCAUGGAACAUUUUCUGUAGACGGACAUUCUUCUGGAGGACAAUUGGGUCAUGGAACUGAUGUUGACUACAUAAGACCUACAAAGGUUACUUUUGGGAAGAAUGUGAAAGCACUACAAGUAUCGUGUGGAUUCAAUCACACUGGUACUGUACUUGAAUACACCUAAGCUUCAGCCGCUGUAGUCUCAGCAUUAAGAAGUGCAGUAACUUCAUUCAUUCGUUCAAUAUACAUCAUUUCAUGUCAUUCGUCACGAGAGCAUCAACCACGCAUGGUUAUACUAUACAAGACUAUAGAUAACAAUUUACGAAUUUCUUUUGUGUAGUUUUAGCUAUAAAUGUAUUCAUAUGUAUAUGUUAAAAAAAAA